GUCAUAUAUACUCGCCGUAAAUGUACUCUUUCCCUCGCGCAUUGAUGUUUUGCUCUUUUAUUUUCCUACCGUAAUUGCAGACGUUUCAUUGGAAAAAAACAGUAUUCCGGUUUUCGCGACAUGGGUCCCAUUGAGCUUCUGCACAUGUCUGUGUUCUCCCAGAGCUUCUCUCCCUGCGGGCGCUUCCUGGCAGCUGCUAAUAACUAUGGCGAGAUCGCUCUUUUCAGCCUCUCUUCAGCUCUGAGCCCAGAUGCAACUGAACUAAGCCAAAAACCCAUCCUGACAUUCACUGCACAUGAAGGUCCGGUCUUUUGUCUUCUCUCCACUGACUCUCAGCUCCUCAGUGCGGGGAAUGGGGAGAUCAGUGCCUGGAGCUGGGCAGAGCUUAUCAAAAAGAAUCCCAAAGCUCUGUGGACACGAAGACCAAAUUACAAAUCCAGCCUGGAGAUCCCAGAGAUUAACGCCAUGGUUAUCAACCCGAGAGAUAACAGCCUCAUAGUUGGUGGGGGAGACAACAACAUCCACGUCAUGGAUCUGGAGCAGGGCAACUUCAAGUCGGUUCUUCACGGACACACAGACUACAUCCACUGUCUGAGCAUCAGAGAGAGAGAGGGGGAGAUCCUUUCCGGCGGGGAGGACGGCGCUGUGAGGAUCUGGGACUGUAGGACUGGCCAAUCUGUACACUGUAUUGAAGUCUACAAAUAUGAGAGCUGUGCCCGCCCUCAGUAUGGGAAGUGGAUCAGCUGCCUCACCACAGACUCUGACUGGAUGUUGUGUGGAGGAGGUCCAUCAUUGUCUCUGUGGCAUCUUCGCUCCUUGUCCCCAACCUCUAUCUUCUCUUUACCAGGCUGCCAGCGACAAGCAACCUUCUACCAAGACAUGAUCCUGACAGUGGGCGAAGGCCCAUGUGUGUCCCACUGUCUUCUGGGGGGAGACGUCAAAGCUCAGAUCCCGUGCACACCGCAGUCCCUCAACACGCUGGCGCUCAACACCAACAGCACUGAGCACCGGGUGCUGACAGUUGGAGGCAGCAGUGAUCACAUAGAUGUAUUCACCAACCUGUCCUACAGAGCAUUUUCUCUAAGCUUCUGAGCACUGACACACACACACACACACACACACACACACACACACACACACACACACACACACACACACACACACACCAAGUGAAUGAUGUUUUAAGCUGUUUGAAAAUGAUGAACCAGGUGAAUGAUGUUCAUACUCAAAGAUGGAACCUUGAAUGUAGAUUUUAGAAGUCAUACAUUCCAAGAUUCAAUAUGUAGUUUUUAUGGCAAUAAAUGUUUUUUUGUUUUUUUUUU